UGAAUCAGAAAACGUAUAAUAAAAUGUGAGGAAAUGACUGACAAAAGAAAUUUUUCGAAAAAGCAAAAGGGUUUGAACGGUCAAAAGCAAAGAAAAGUAAUAGCGCAGCACUAGUAAUAAAGCAAGUUGAUUUCCAAUUUCACCCUCCAAAUUAAAUUAAAAAUGAUAAAAUAUUUGAUUACUUUAUUAUAUGCUUUCGGGGGCGGAGUCAUUUUCGUGUUGACUGACUGACCCCCUCCCAUCAAAUAGCUGGCUGCCUAUUCGCAUUACCUCCAUUAAAACAAUUUCUGAUAAUUUCAGGCGAAAAGAGGUGAAAAUCGUCGCGGAUUUUUUGACGAUUUCUGCGGUGGACGAGUUUUUUGUUGAUUUGUUUUCUUCGGGCGCGGUUUUGGAUCGAUAGGUUCUGAGUCAGCUUCUUCAGCUGAGGCGGUAUAACUGGUGAGAAAGCCUGCUUCAAUUGUUACGAUUUAAAGCGAAUGGCCUCAAUUAGUGUAGCUCCUCCGACUGGUGUAAGAGAUCCUGGUCGAAAGCCUGGUGGGCUGGAUAAGCUGCCAGAUGAGAUGAAUGAGAUGAAACUCAGGGACGACAAGGAUAUGGAACCGGCUGUUGUAGAUGGUAAUGGAACAGAAACUGGUCACAUAAUUGUGACCACAAUUGGGGGCAGAAAUGGCCAACCAAAACAGACAAUCAGUUAUAUGGCUGAGCGUAUUGUGGGGCAGGGAUCUUUUGGAGUAGUGUUUCAGGCCAAAUGUCUAGAAACAGGCGAAACUGUUGCCAUAAAAAAGGUUCUUCAAGAUAAGAGGUACAAGAAUCGUGAGCUGCAAACCAUGCGUCUCCUAGACCACCCCAAUGUUGUGUCUUUGAAGCAUUGUUUCUUCUCAACGACUGAGAAGGAUGAGCUUUUCCUUAACUUGGUGUUGGAGUAUGUUCCUGAGACUGUUCAUAGGGUGAUUAGACAUUAUAACAAGAUGAGUCAGAGGAUGCCAAUGAUAUAUGUUAAACUUUAUGCCUAUCAGAUUUUCAGAGCACUAGCGUAUAUCCAUGGCAGCGUUGGAGUGUGCCACAGGGAUAUUAAACCACAAAAUUUAUUGGUUAACCCACACACCCAUCAGGUGAAGUUAUGUGAUUUUGGAAGUGCAAAAGUACUGGUCAAAGGAGAACCAAACAUUUCAUAUAUAUGUUCGAGGUACUAUCGUGCUCCCGAACUCAUAUUCGGUGCAACAGAAUACACUACUGCCAUUGACAUCUGGUCUGCUGGAUGUGUCUUGGCUGAAUUACUGCUUGGGCAGCCCCUUUUCCCUGGUGAAAGUGGAGUUGAUCAGCUCGUUGAAAUUAUUAAGGUCCUGGGCACUCCAACAAGGGAGGAGAUCAAAUGCAUGAACCCCAAUUACACUGAAUUCAAAUUUCCCCAAAUAAAAGCUCACCCAUGGCACAAGAUAUUUCACAAGCGGAUGCCACCUGAGGCUGUCGAUGUUGUUUCAAGGCUACUGCAGUAUUCUCCAAAUCUGCGGUGCACUGCGUUGGAGGCGUUAGUCCAUCCAUUCUUUGAUGAGUUGCGUGAUCCAAAUGUUAGGCUACCCAAUGGGCGGUUUGUUCCGCCAUUAUUCAACUUCAAGCCACAUGAGCUCAAGGGCGUGCCAGCAGAGUUAUUGGGGAAGCUGAUUCCCGAGCACGCGAGAAAGCAAUGUGCAUUCCUUGGAUUGUAAUAUAUAAUAGUGGUCCUUGUGUUGUGAAAAGGCUACUUAGAAUUGAAAUAUGUUUGUAACCUCGUUCGAAGUGAUGAUCUCUCCUCUUGGUAUUCAGGUUUCUUGUAUUUAUUAAAUUUGAUUGUAGCAGUGAACAACAAGGUUUUAUUAUGUACCCUCUCUACCUGACCAUUUUUUGUUUUUAUGAUUUGACAAAAAAAACUGUAAUAGUUGAAAUGGAAGAAGAUUACUUGUGUUGUCUUGUCGCCCAUGAGGCUUUGAGGGGUCGCUUCACUUUUUUGCUGUUGUAAAUGUAUAUAUGAAGAGAAAUUACUCAGGCUAA